UAUGGCAUGGCGGUCCCUCCUUCAAUCACAGACAGACACAGUUGUGUGUUGCUGAGUGCUGAGGUUGGUGUUGGAGACAAAGGGGGUGAUAAUCGAGAUUCACCUUGUUUUUCCUUCAUGUGAUUGGUGCAGCUCAAGUAGCAGCUAGCAUAGCAGGGUAUGGUGGGCUGCCACACCUGCUUAUUUUAGCCCCCUAGGACCUCUUCCACUUUCUCUCCCUCAUUGCUUUGUGAUCAGGUUUUCCCUUGCAAGUUGGCUGAUCCAAAAUGUCUUCAUCAAGGCCUAGCCAAUCGUCCAACAAUUCAGGGAGAUCAAGACAUAGUGCUAGGGUUAUUGCUCAGACCACUGUAGAUGCAAAAAUCCAUGCCAAUUUUGAGGAGUCUGGUAGUUCCUUCGACUACUCCAGUUCGGUACGUGCCUCCGGUACGGCUGAUGCAGACCAUCAACCAAAGUCCAACAAAGUAACAACAGCUUACCUGCAUCACAUACAGAGAGGCAAGCUGAUCCAGCCUUUUGGUUGCUUGCUGGCCUUAGAUGAGAAAACAUGCAAGGUCAUUGCAUACAGUGAGAAUGCACCUGAAAUGCUCACCAUGGUGAGCCAUGCUGUCCCAAGUGUUGGUGAACACCCUGCCCUUGGCAUUGACACUGACAUAAGAACUAUUUUCACCGCGCCAAGUGCUUCUGCAUUACAGAAGGCGCUGGGAUUUGCCGAGGUUACACUUCUUAACCCCAUCCUUGUUCAUUGCAAGACUUCUGGGAAACCCUUUUAUGCAAUCAUCCAUCGUGUCACGGGUAGUUUGAUAAUUGACUUUGAGCCGGUCAAGCCGUAUGAAGUUCCCAUGACUGCAGCAGGUGCUUUGCAAUCUUACAAGCUUGCUGCCAAAGCAAUUACCCGGUUGCAAUCUUUGCCUAGUGGGAGCAUGGAAAGGCUUUGUGAUACAAUGGUUCAAGAAGUUUUUGAACUCACAGGUUAUGAUAGGGUGAUGGCUUAUAAAUUUCAUGAGGAUGAUCAUGGAGAGGUGAUUGCUGAGAUAACAAAGCCCGGGCUAGAGCCAUAUCUGGGUUUACACUAUCCAGCCACUGAUAUUCCUCAGGCUUCACGCUUUUUAUUUAUGAAGAACAAGGUCCGGAUGAUAGUUGAUUGUCAUGCAAAACAAGUGAAGGUUCUUAUAGAUGAAAAACUCCCAUUUGAUUUGACUUUGUGUGGUUCAACCUUAAGGGCUCCUCACAGUUGCCAUUUGCAAUACAUGGCAAACAUGGAUUCAAUUGCUUCCCUGGUUAUGGCAGUUGUAGUCAAUGACAACGAUGAAGACGGGGAUGGUUCUGAUUCAGUUCAGCCACAGAAGAGAAAAAGACUCUGGGGUUUGGUAGUUUGCCACAACACUUCUCCUAGAUUUGUUCCUUUUCCUCUAAGGUAUGCUUGUGAAUUUCUGGCUCAAGUGUUUGCCAUCCAUGUGAACAAAGAAAUAGAAUUAGAAUGUCAGAUUCUUGAGAAGAAUAUCCUGCGCACCCAGACACUCUUGUGUGAUAUGCUGAUGCGAGAUGCGCCCCUAGGCAUUCUAACACAGAGUCCAAAUUUAAUGGAUCUAGUGAAAUGUGAUGGCGCUGCCCUCUUGUAUAAAAACAAGGUAUGGAUGUUAGGAGUAACACCUAGUGAACUCCAUAUAAGAGACAUAGCUUCAUGGCUGUCUAACUACCACACAGAUUCCACAGGUUUGAGUACAGAUAGCUUGUCUGAUGCAGGGUUCCCAGGGGCCCUUUCUCUUGGGGAUCUUGUGUGUGGAAUGGCAGCUGUUAGAAUAACUCCGAAAGACGUAGUAUUCUGGUUUCGGUCGCACACUGCUGCAGAAAUCCGAUGGGGUGGUGCAAAGCAUGAACCUGGAGAACAGGAUGAUGGUAAGAAGAUGCAUCCAAGAUCAUCAUUCAAGGCUUUCCUUGAAGUUGUGAGGGCAAGGAGCUCACCAUGGAAGGACUAUGAAAUGGAUGCUAUUCAUUCAUUGCAAUUAAUACUGAGGAAUGCAUUCAAAGAUACAGAUAGUAUGGAUAUAAACACAACUGCAAUAGACACAAGAUUAAGUGAUCUGAAAAUUGAAGGGAUGCAGGAACUGGAAGCAGUGACAAGUGAGAUGGUUAGGUUAAUUGAAACUGCAACAGUGCCUAUUUUGGCAGUCGAUAUUGAUGGGCUGGUCAAUGGGUGGAAUAUAAAAAUUGCUGAGUUGACAGGUCUUCCGGUUGGUGAAGCUAUUGGAAAGCAUCUACUCACACUUGUUGAGGAUUGUUCAACUGAUAGAGUAAAGAAGAUGCUUGACUUGGCACUUUCGGGUGAAGAAGAGAAGAACGUCCAAUUCGAGAUCAAAACACACGGGUCUAAGAUGGAAUCUGGUCCUAUUAGUUUGGUAGUUAAUGCUUGUGCAAGCAGGGAUCUUCGAGAAAAUGUUGUGGGGGUUUGUUUUGUGGCCCAAGAUAUUACUGCUCAGAAGACUGUAAUGGACAAAUUCACCCGAAUUGAAGGCGAUUACAAGGCAAUUGUUCAGAACCCCAAUCCACUAAUCCCCCCGAUAUUUGGCACAGAUGAAUUUGGCUGGUGUUGUGAGUGGAAUCCAGCCAUGACAAAGUUAACUGGAUGGAAGCGAGAAGAGGUGAUGGAUAAAAUGCUUUUAGGAGAAGUUUUUGGGACACACAUGGCUGCUUGUCGUCUAAAGAAUCAAGAAGCUUUUGUUAAUUUUGGCAUUGUGCUUAAUAAAGCCAUGACUGGUUCGGAAACGGAGAAGGUCGGCUUCGGUUUCUUUGCUCGGAGUGGCAAGUAUGUAGAAUGCCUUCUUUCUGUGAGUAAGAAAUUGGACGUAGAAGGUCUAGUUACAGGGGUCUUCUGCUUCUUGCAGCUAGCUAGCCCAGAGCUGCAACAAGCAUUACACAUUCAGCGCCUAUCCGAACAAACUGCUCUGAAAAGACUGAAGGCAUUAACUUAUAUGAAAAGGCAGAUCAGGAAUCCAUUGUCUGGGAUUGUAUUUUCACGGAAAACGUUGGAGGGUACUGAUUUGGGAAUAGAACAAAAACGACUUGUCCAUACUAGUGCUCAGUGCCAGCGCCAGCUUAGCAAAAUUCUCGAUGACUCGGAUCUUGACAGCAUCAUGGACGGCUACUUGGAUCUUGAGAUGGCUGAAUUCACUCUCCAAGAUGUACUGAUUACCUCCCUAAGUCAAAUCAUGGCAAGGAGUAGUGCGAGAGGUAUCCGAAUAGUCAAUGAUGUCGCUGAGGAGAUCAUGGUGGAAAUCUUAUAUGGUGAUAGUCUUAGGCUUCAGCAGGUCUUAGCCGACUUUUUACUGAUUUCCAUCAAUUGUACACCAAAUGGAGGUCAGGUUGUUGUUGCAGCCUCUCUAACCAAGGAACAGCUAGGGAAAUCUGUCCAUCUUGCUAAUUUGGAGCUCAGCAUAACACAUGGCGGUAGCGGGGUGCCGGAAGCAUUGCUGAACCAGAUGUUUGGAAAUGAUGGGCUAGAAUCAGAGGAGGGUAUUAGCCUGCUCAUCAGCAGAAAGCUGCUAAAGCUCAUGAGUGGAGAUGUUCGUUAUCUAAGGGAAGCAGGCAAAUCAUCGUUUAUCCUAUCGGUUGAACUUGCUGCAGCACAUAAGUUGAAAGCUUAAAAUUUUGGAAAAUGAAUAAGAUGAUUGAACAACAAUCUGUUUUGUACAUUAAGGAGAGAAUGAAGUAUGAAAGUCUUACGUUUUUCAAGUUUCCUUAACUUCUUGUAAUGUGCAUUGUAGAUAUGUAUCAGUACCCUUCAGAUUCCUUGACAUAUUCUAACUUCUAAGUCAACAAGUUCUUAUUUAUUCAUUCA